GUUUUACUGGAUGUAGGAUGUGUUUAUCAAGAACGGCUGGGAUGGGAGAGACCUGGUUGGUUUGCACUUGACUCCAAAGCUGAGCUCAAUGAAUAUGAUUAUUAUGGAGCUUAUGAACACGAAAGAAAAAUCUCGAAAUAUGAAGAACUAUUGACGAUUGAUUACACAUUUGACUUUCCUCAGCACCAUGACAUUGUGAGUAAAAAAAGUUAGUACUCAAUAACUUUAUUUAUACUGGGCAGCUGUAUUUGGUUAAACUAUGUCUGAAUUUCUCCCUGGAGGUCUAGUAAGGAUAAUCUCUUAUUGUCUUUAUUGAUCUAGUGUUUACCACAGGAGGAAACCUAAACUAAACUACUGUAACUUUGUUUAUACUGGAUAACUCUAUCACUAUCAGUUCUAAACUUUUCUCCCUAGAGAUUCAGUAAGGAUCAUUUCUUAUUGAUCCAGUGUUAUUACAGGAGGAAACCUAAACUAAACUAACUUUGUUUAUACUGGAUAACUUUAUCAGUUCUAAAUCGUUCUUCCUUGAGGUCCAGUAACGGUCAUCUCUGAUAAAUCAUUCAUUUCUUGUCAGAUCGGUAAAGAAUGUGAAACAUGUCGAACGAAGGUCGCUGCAUUCAAUAUGUCGUAUUUUGGAAAAUUUUAUAUCAGUGGACCUGACGCACAGAAAGCAGUUGAUUGGAUAUUUUCAAAUAACAUGCAAAAACCUCCAGGUACGGUUGAGCAUAGGGGUUGAGCAAUGACCUCGUUUAGCGCGUGCUUUCUUCUGUUAGAAUUCUUUGUUUUGACGUCAUUAGCCCCACCCCGCAAGAAACAUAGAAACACGUUUUCCUCUUUUUCAAACUUCCUCUAGGUUCAACAACCUACACAUGCAUGUUGAACAAAGAUGGCGGCGUCCAGGCUGAUGUUACAGUUUCUGUUCUGGAAGAUGAAGGUUCUCACGAUGCCUUGUCACCAAGCAGUGAUGGUAAGAUGAGAGAAAGUGAUGGUAUGAUGGUGGUGGUAAUGGUGUUGAUGAUGAUGGUGGUAAUGGUGUUGAUGAUGAUGGUGGUAAUGAUGAUGAUGGUGAUGGUAAUGGUGAUGAUGAUGAUGAUGAUGGUGGUAAUGGUGUUGAUGAUGAUGGUGGUAAUGAUGAUGAUGGUAAUGGUGGUGAUGAUGAUGGUAAUGAUGGUGGUAAUGGUGUUGAUGAUGAUGAUGAUGAUGGUAAUGGUGAUGGUGUUGAUGGUGAUAAUGAUGGUAUGAUGGUAAUGGUAUUGAUGGUAAUGGUGUUGAUGAUGGUAAUGGUGUUGAUGUUAGUGAUAGUGGCGAUGGUCUGGUAAUGAUGGUGGUGAUGAUUGAUUGAUGAUAAUGUUGAACAUGUUUGUAUUUCUCUCCAGACAGAAGUUUCUACGUUGCUGUUGGUGGUGGUAUUGCAGAGUAUGGCUGGUGUCACAUCAAGAAGACUAUAGAAGAUAACAGAUUCAAUUGCCAGUUGAUUGACAAGUCUGAAGAUAUGGGUAUGUUGAGUAUACAGGGACCAAAAAGGUAAAAUAUUGGCUUUGUUUUAUAGCCAUGAUUCCUGGUCAUGUUUCCCUAAGGUUGGCAAACCAGGAAACAUGGUUUUCUUGUGAUGUUCCUCAAAGGUGAACAAGCUAGGAACCAUUGUUUCUUAGCCGUAUGUGAUUAUCUUCAUUGCAGUCGCGACUUAUUACAAUCAUUGUUGAACGUCGAUCUGAGCCAUGAAUCAUUUGCAUUCUCCACUCACAAGCGAGCACAACUUGCUGGUCACGACUUGCGCAUAUUGCGUUUAACAUUUGUUGGGGAGCUUGGGUACGAGUUACAUAUACCAGCCGAGUCGUGUAUCCCAGUAUACAACGCGGUAAUGGCAGAAGGUGAGAAAUACGACAUCAUCAAUUCAGGCUAUCGUGCUAUUGACAGUCUGAGUAUUGAGAAAGGUUUCAAACACUGGCAUCAGGACAUAAGACAUGAUGAUACACCUUUGGAAGGCGGUUUAGCCUUCACUUGUAAGUUGAAAACUGAUACACCUUUCUUGGGACGAGAAGCAAUAGAAAGACAAAAAGCUAAAGGACUGAAGAAGAAGCUUAUAUGUCUCACUUUGGAUGAGUAAGUAUUUCAACUCUCUCUUGGUUUGUGGAAACAUUUUGUUUAUUUUGUAACGUUAUCGAUCCAUAACCCCGGAUCUUCGUCUGUGCUAAUAAUCCGUGCAUUUUCUGAUUCUCUGUUAUUUGAUGCAUAUUUUAUUAAGUACCAUCGUACGGUGUUCGCCGAUAUCAGAGUGAGAAAAUAAUGUUAAUUCUUUUCAUUGUGUGAUUGUCUUAUAUUUGGCGGAAAAUAUUCAAACUGAGAGAUGUAUUCAAGUUAGCUACCAUCUGCUGCCUUCGAUUCUGAAAACCAAAAAAUGGUGAGUUUCAAUCAGCGUUACAGGACGGCAGAUUGUCAGUAACGUCAGGAAUGAUGACACCUAUAAGAGCAAAAAAAAUUAAACUACAUCUCUCCAUUCUAUUAUUUAUUUGCGUCCAAAAUACAAGACUACUACAUACAGGGCAGGAAAAAGGAAUUUUCUUCCUGGCAGCACAACCUGGAGACAAAAUUUCCUGCAGACCAACGGAGUAUUUUUGUGCUAAAUCUGCAUGUGCAUAAACAUAUAGUGUCCUAGCUGACCAUGGUUUUAAAUUCAAGGAAUGUCGACUGUCAACCAUAUGUUGUUGCGCCCUUAGUGGGACAUGGGUGUUAAGGUUUCCUUCGAAAUUUCAAUAGCAAAUCUUCAUUCAAACGAAUUUCCUGCAGCUGUUUAACAUCUCCUGCGAGCAGUGCUCGCCUAUUUUCUCCACCCCUGACUACAUAUAAUAAAAAUAAUUAACAUUAUUUCCUCAUUCUGAUAAAUGAUUGACCACCAUCUGCAACGCGAUAAGUGAAAAAGAAACCUAAGGCUAAGAAUUUUCUCUUCCCCUUUAGACACAAAGCACUGCAUGGUCUAGAAGGCAUUUAUCGCGACGGCCAAGCUAUUGGUUAUCUCCGUCGGGCUGACUUCGGCUUUUCCGUCAACAAGACCAUCUGCUACGGUUACGUCCGACGCCCCGACAAUGAGGUCAUCAAGAACGAGUGGCUGAAGACUGGUACCUACUCUAUUGAUGCUAUGGGGGAAAUGUUCCCGGCAACUUUACACCUCAAACCCGUUUUUGACCCGCAAAACACGAGAGUAAAAGGAAUUUAUAAAUAGUUAGGAAUUAAUAUAUUUUGAAGAACUAGUAUUAAUUUAUAUUUUAAAAUAUGGAUUGUUGCAAGUAUAAAUGAAAUACUUUGUGGUAAUUUGAUAACAAAUGGUUGUCUUUGGUGAUCAUACGUGAAAAUUCAUUGUAGAUUAAUAAUAAUAGGUGUAGCUGUGUAUAUAUAGUCAAAAUAUUUCCAUAAAAUCAUUGUUAUUAUGUGAAUAAAAUAAAUUUAUACUCGUUCAUUUUUUUCUGUCAUUCAUCGGUGGCAUUCGUACUUAGUUUUGUAGUUAUAUUCCAUUUAAUUAGUAAUGAUACAAGCAAG